AUGGGUAAAGCCAUGCAGACCAAAAUGGACCAUGGCCAGUCUGCCAAGGCUGUUUUACCAGGCUAUGGCCACUUGUGCAUGCUACAGCUUCUUGGAGGCACGGUGCUCAGCAAGGGCCAGGCGGUGACCGGCCAGUAUCGUUUCCUGGCCCGCAAUGGAGGCUACCUCUGGACCCAGACGCAGGCCACGGUGAUCUCGGGGGGCCGCGGCCCCCAGCCCGAGAGUGUCGUCUGUGUCCACUUUGUGCUGAGCCGGGUGGAGGAGACUGGGGUGGUUCUGUCCCUGGAGCAGACGGAGCAGCCUGCCCGCCGGCCCCCCCGCCCCGCCGAACGGGGGCCUCCCCCGGAGAAGAGCCCCCAGGGUCCCGGAGACGGCUUUGAUGCCCCCGGCCCCCGGAUCCUUGCCUUCCUGAAGCCCCCGGCUCUAAGCGAGGCCACUCUGGCCGCUGACCCUCGCCGCUUCUGCAGCCCAGACCUCCGCCGCCUCCUGGCCCCCAUCCUGGACGGGGCCGCCCCAAGCCCUGCCGCCGCCGCCGCCGCCACCCCUGCCGCCAUCCCCAACGGACCCCCAGCCAGGGAGCGGCCUCGGAGCCCUCCGCCGGCGGAUCUCCCCAAUGACCUGCUCCUGGAGAUGGAAAACGUACACAAAAUGUUUGGAUUUGGCAAGACCUUGGAGGCUGUGGAAACUCUGGAUAUGGAGCAGGAUAUUGAGGCCCUGGAGUUAGAGAUGUUAGCCCCCUACAUCUCCAUGGACGAUGACUUCCAGCUCAACACCAGCGAGCAGCCCUCUAGGAUCCCCCGAAGGCAUCGAGGAACAACCUCUCGCCCCCGAGCCCGCAGUUUCCACGGCCUGUCACCCCGACCCCUGGAGUCUCACCCUUUGCUUCGAUGGGGGAGUGACCCACGACUGAGCCAGAGGACCCAUCCUGCAGAAGGGGACCCCAUAGACUCCACAAGUUCCCCGACUGGAGCUCGGAAAAGGGCUCUGCCCCGGAACUUGGAGGAGGAAGCUGGGGCCGAGGCUCUGGGAGCGAAGCCCCCCAAGCGAUCCCCGAGCCCAGCACCGGAACCCUUUCUGCUGCCGCCCCUCAGCCUGAGCUUUCUCCUGAGUGGCGAGGCCACCCCUGGGACCCAACCGGACGCCGAUAGCAGGCUCCUGGACCUUGAAGAGCCCAUGGCCCUGGCUUCUUCUUCUCUGCUCUCUUUCUAUGAAGAUGAAGACGCCGCUCAGCCCAGGGCUCACUUCCAGUUGGAAGAGGCCUUGACUCAAGAGCUCACCCCAGGCACCUGAGCCCCCCCAGCCCCUGCGUCCUCGGCCCUCUCCCCCUUCUUCCCUUCCCCCACCCAGGACCUCAGCCACACUCCACGCCCGCAGCCUACGCACAGGAUACGGGGGUCUGGGGCCGGGGGAGAGGGACGCGCAUCCCGCUCCCGUCCCCAGCCCUUCCCAGACCGGCUCCUACCUCACUGUCCCCUCCCACCCUCGCCCUCUGAGACUCAGGGGAUGUGGGCGGCGGGGGGAGAGCCAACGAAACCUCAGCUGGGAUGGGGGGAGCCCCAUCUCAUUUCCACUGGGCCCCCCUCUUGGAAGGCAGGGCCCCUCCCUCUCCCUCCUCCUGCCCCCCUCUCAGGAUUUCUUGGUGCUCAUUUAUUUACAAAGUUAC